UCUUCACUCCGAAACGGAGAGUCGUAGAGAGAAAUAUAACUUUUACGGAGAGAACUAAAAAGAAAAAGAAAGAAAGAGUAGAUUUAAAGAGAAAGAAUAGAAGAGUUUCUGUCACAAAAGAAUCACCAUGUGCCCUACAAAGCAAAAGCACCGGAUAUCAACCACCGAACACGCCGCUAAAUGUUCCUCCAACACAACUCCCGAUUGGAUCACCGAGACAAUCACCGGCGGAUCCCUUCGCCACGUCGACCUCCACACCGGAGUUAACGGCUGGGCUUCACCGCCCGGGGAAGUCUUCUCCCUUCGCUCCAAAAAUUACUUCUCCAAAAGACAAAAAUCACCUGCCGGUGAUUAUCUACUCUCUCCUGUCGGCAUGGACUGGCUCAGGUCCAGUACCAAACUGGAUAACGUACUCGCCCGCUCCGACAACCGUGUAUCACACGCGCUCAGAAAAGCGCAAUCUCUGGGUAAGUCAUUGAAGAGCUUCAUUUUCGCUGUCAAUCUUCAAGUUCCAGGCAAGGACCAACACAGCGCGGUAUUUUAUUUCGCUACCGAGGAUCCUAUCCCCUCCGGUUCGUUACUUAACCGGUUUAUUAACGGAGACGACGCGUUUAGGAACCAGCGGUUUAAGAUCGUAAACAGGAUCGUGAAAGGGCCGUGGAUCGUGAAAAAGGCGGUGGGAAAUUACAGUGCGUGUUUGUUAGGGAAAGCUCUGACGUGUAAUUACCAUAGAGGACACAACUAUCUGGAGAUUGACGUGGAUAUCGCUAGCUCGACGAUCGCCAAUGCGAUUUUGCAUCUAGCAUUGGGUUACGUGACGAGCGUUACUAUAGACAUGGGGUUUCUGGUGGAGGCGCAAGCAGAGGAUGAGUUGCCAGAGAGAUUAGUUGGUGCAGUUAGGGUUUGCCAGAUGGAAAUGUCUUCGGCAUUUGUAGUUGACGCGCCACAUGUUGUAACAAAUGCGCGUGGGUUGGGUCCAGCCAAGGUUAAUCAUCAUAAAUCCGGCGAAUUCGACGACGACGAUGGCGAAAAAAGGGAUGAAAAAUGUUGACAUAAUUUUUUCUUUAAUAAUUUUCUUGGGAAAUUUUCUAUUUUACGUUUAUUUCCGGAUUUUAAUGUGAUUCAGGCUCCCUUUUUUACGGGGAUGGAUGGUUGUAGAUAAUAAAAUGGUAACCAAGUAAACAACAAAUAACAAUCAGCAAUGUUGAAAAAACAUAACAAAAAUUUGUUUAAGGAAACAUUAAAUUCUGAAAUGUCUGUUAUUCUGUUCUUUGUUAUUGUGUUGGGUUGCGUAAUUGAUUAGUGCUGUGAGGAUGAGGAAGAGCCGAAAGAGAAGGGAAUGUGAAUCUUAAUGUCCUUUUAUAAUUUAUUAAUUUUUAUUUCUGUUUUCUCGAUGGGGACUGACAACUG